CACGGGUGAGGUCAUCGCGAGGCGCCGAGGAGGGAAGCGGGAAGCGCAGCUCCAUACUCAGUGUGGAUCCCCAUGAAGGUUUGAACUCACCACCUGGAGAUGAAGACCUGAGCUGAGAUUAAGAGUCAGAUGCCUAACCGACUGAGCCACUCAGGGUCUCCUGGGCCAUAAUGGCUGUCAAAUGGACUGGUGGACAUUCUUCUCCUAUUCUCUGCCUGAAUGCAAGUCAAGAAGGGCUAGUGGCUUCUGGAGCAGAGGGUGGUGAUCUCAUGGCUUGGGGUGAAGAUGGGACUCCUUUAGGACAUACACGCUUCCAAGGAGCUGAUGAUGUUACCAGUGUCUUAUUCUCUCCCUCCUGCCCCACCAAGCUCUAUGCCUCACAUGGAGAAACCAUUAGCUUACUGGAUGUCCGGUCCCUCAAAGGUUCCGUGGACCAUUUUCAUGUGAAUGAAGAAGAAAUCAAUUGCCUCUCAUUGAAUGACACUGAAAACCUGCUGGCUUCUGCUGAUGACUCUGGGUCAAUUAAAAUCCUAGACUUGGAAAAUAAGAAAGUUAGCAGAUCACUGAAGAGACAUUCCAAUAUCUGUUCCUCUGUAGCUUUUCGGCCUCAAAGGCCUCAGAGCCUGGUAUCAUGUGGACUGGAUAUGCAGGUAAUGCUAUGGAACCUUCAGAAAUCACGGCCACUCUGGAUUACAAAUUUGCAGGAAGAUGAAACAGAAGAGAUGGAAAGCCCACAAUCGCCUGGUCAGCUUUUAAACCCUGCUUUAGCCCACUCCGUGUCUGUGGCAUUCUGUGGUAAUAUUUUUAGCUGUGGUGCAGAAGAUGGUAAGGUUCGAAUCUUUAGGGUGAUGGGAGUUAAGUGUGAACAAGAAUUUGGAUUUAAGGGCCAUUCUUUGGGAGUAUCCCAGGUCUGCUUUCUGCCAGAAUCCUAUUUGCUGCUUACAGGAGGGAAUGAUGGGAAGAUAAUGUUGUGGGAUGUAAGCAGUGAAGUUGAAAAAAAACAGAAGAGUCCUACGAAACCUACUCACAGGAAGAAAACUAAGAGAGCAUCUUAUACGAAGCAGGGUGGAAACACUCAUGCUUCAGCAGAUGAAGAAGAGCAUGGCAAAAUUUUACCAAAGCUAAGUAUUGAACACGGAGAAAAAGUGAACUGGCUCUUAAGUACAAGAAUAAAGGGAUACCAAAAUAUAUUAGUAGCUGAUCAAACUAGUUGUAUAUCUGUAUAUCCCUUAAAGGAAUUUUAAAUCCAAUAAAAUCAUUUGAAAAACUGCA